UGUUUUUUAAAUGAAAAGUGGAAUUCUUCUGAGUUACUUAAAAUGGUUGUUAUAACUUGGAAAAUUAAUUUCAAAGACAUAUUCCGCUAUAUAAGGGACUACAUUGCUAUCAAAUGUACACAAUCAGUGUUGACAGUGAGAUCUUUAACUUACAAUGAACAUUUAACACAGAGUUAUGCAAUUGACUGUAUGCUAGAACCAAUAUUUUGGUUUGUUGACAAUUUUGCUGCAUGUCUGGGAAAGGUAUUUGUUUUCUGUGUAAGUGUCCUCACCACUGCUGUUGUACUUAUUGCAUAUUGGGUUGGCUUACCAUACUGGUUGCAACGUAGCCCCCAUUUUACAGGCAUUCUAGUAAUUUUUGGAAACUGGUUGUUGUUAAAUAUUAUAUUUCACUAUGUGAUGGGAGUUAUCACUCCUCCCGGUUACCCACCUCUGGGUGCUAGAAUACCUAAUGCAGUUGCAAUAUGCAAGAAAUGCAUAGCUCCAAAACCACCUCGGACUCAUCACUGUUCAGUGUGUGACCGUUGCAUACUGGGCAUGGAUCAUCACUGUCCAUGGCUCAACAAUUGUGUUGGAUACUUUAACGCAAGAUAUUUCUACCUGUAUAUGGUCUACAUGGUUGUUGGGGUUACCUUUGUCAUAAUGGCUGGUUUUGACAUCGGCUAUAAUGUACUGUGGCUUAAUGAUACAGGUGGCAUCAUUCCAAACAAUGACCCAGAUCUCAUUGGGCAUCCUGUACGUAUAAACCAAACUGGUGCUUUAGUACCAAUCAAGGUUAUCGUUGAAUAUGAUUCUAUAAAUUUUCCGAGGGAACACGACUUACCAAUCCCACCAAUCACAGAAUCACAGCGUAUUUGCGCUCAUCCAUGGAAAAGGAAAGCAGUAUUUUUUAUGGCAGUCACUUGUCUCUCUGUGUUUUUUGCGCUCGGCACUCUAGUGAUAAUGCAUGGAAAACACAUAAGUCAUGGCGAGACAAGUGUCGAAGCUCACAUCAAUGCAUCCAUACGGAAGAUAGAUAAGCGAUAUAAGAAUCCCUACGAUUUUGGCAGAAAAAAGAAUUGGAAACUAUUCCUUGGGUUAACUCAGGGUAGAACAUUCUGGAGGCAUGUUCUUUUGCCUUCCAGGCACCCCCCAAUCGGGAAUGGAUUGCACUGGCAUUCUGUGUACAAUAUACAAGAGGAUUGGCCCUAGGAAAUAUGUUUUAAUAGACUGUUAUGAAUUCUGUUUUGGACAAAACAUUUUUAUAAGGUUAUAAUUAUUAGGUACCUAUUGUAAUUUGCUAAUUUAUGCUUAGCUCUAGCUUUAAGACCAUUUUUAUUCAGAAAUUACUUACUUCGACUGUUGUAAAUAUGAUUUUACAUUCCUUAUCCAACUUUUAUGGGUACACGAUGGACCAUUAUGCAGAAUGGCUGAUGAGUGAUGCGAAGGUUAAAAAUAGCUGCAAUGUUGGUUCUUCGGCUGUGCAUUGCAGGAUAUCAGAUCUAUAACAACGCCCUAAAGUGGCAUAGACGACCUCUGUGGCCGAGUGGUUUGUACGCCGGGUUUCAAGGUGUCGUCGACUCGAGAGGUCCCGGGUUCAAAUCCCGGUGGGGGCAGAUGUUUGUGUGAUGAAUACGAG